AUGCUCCCCGUCCAUAGCUCCCCACUUUCCUCAGUCUCACAUUCCUUAAUGAGCUUAAACCAAAUGCUGGACAUCUUUGAAAACUCCGCAUCCAUCGCUUACAAGGAGUGUAUAUCUGCUUCUUUGACCGAAGCACGGUCGUUUUUUCAUCACUGCUCCUUUUCCUUCUCUCUUCUUCUUAAUAUUUCUUACUCCUUUUCCUUUCAUCCUCAAUAUUUCUUACUCUUUUCCUUCAUCCUCAAUAUUUCUCAAUAUUUUUUUCCUUCUUACUCUUUUUUUCCUUCUUACUCUUUUUUUCCUUCUUACUCUUUUUUUCCUUCUUACUCCUUUUUCCUUUAUCCUCAAUAUUUCUUACUCUUUUUUCCUUCUUCCUCAAUAUUUCUUAGUCCUUUUUCCAUUCUUCCUCAAUAUUUCUUACUCCUUUUUCCUUCUUCCUCAAUAUUUCUUACUCCUUUUUCCUUCUUCCUCAAUAUUUCUUACUCCUUUUUCCUUCUUCCUCAAUAUUUCUUACUCCUUUUUUCCUUCUUCCUCAAUAUUUCUUACUCUUUUUUUCCUUCUUCCUCAACAUUUCUUACUCUUUUUCCUUCUUCCUUGAUAUUUCUUACUCUUUUUUCCUUCUUCCUUGAUAUUUCUUACUCUUUUUUCUUCUUCCUUGAUAUUUCUUACUCUUUUUUCCUUCUUCCUUGA